UGUAAUAUCACCUCGUAUUAUGACUUUUGUCUUAUUAGAUUACCAUUUCUACAAAAAUUUAUUCAAUCACGUUCUCACCUCAUUUCGUGCCAAAAAAGAACUUGCGAUGUGACCGUGCUGCAGUGCUCGCACAUCUCUAAGAUUAAGAACAACAACGAAAAAACUUAUUUAUGUUGCUUGAUAAAAUAUAAACAUUUGUCGAAACAGUAGAGCAACGUGAUUUUCAGGAUACUUCUCCGAAGACCCCGCAGGAUGGAAAAACCAUGGAAAACCUGGACGAACUGUUAGCUGGUAGAGUGCAAAAAGUAUGUACAUACAGCGAGGGGGCGUAGAAAUUAUAAACAAAUGAGCCAAAUACAUUGCUGGGCGCAGAAUGUGAGCAGCCAAUUCAAGGUGUGUCCGAUGCGGGGGUGACGAGUCUAAUACCUGCGGAUCGAAGGUCAUAGCGUGUCCUGCGAUGGCUGCGAGGCCCAUCUAAACUAAUCCAAACCAAAGGUGAAUGGGAACUAUCCUUUAAGUGUAGAAAAGCAUGAACCAAAAACCAAAAAAUUACGUAGAACAUUAACCCUAAAAGUAAAGAACCAGCUGGUGCCGGUGUCCCCCAAGGAGAGGUCUUAAAAAAAUAACAAAAACAAUUACAUCAAGUAAUAAAAAAUAAAAAAACGAACACGAAAUGGUACGCAGUCGUCGCAGCUUGUCCAAGGAGGAUGCCGUAUCCCUGCUCACGGACAGUGGCAUCUCGCUAUCCUCACCUCCAGCGGCCAGGGAUUCCUCACCUACGCCUAUCACACCCACAGGCAUAAAGAGGCGGAAGAGCAGCUUGGCCAGUCUGCGAGAUGUGUGCACCGAGGAUGAUGAAGAUGCUGCUGAUCAGGAUUCUAAGGACGCCGACUAUGUGCAGCCACCACCGAAAAAGUCCCCACGCAAAGUCGAAACCGGAAAGCGAAAGCACCACAUUUGCAGCCACUGCUCCAAAGAGUUUGGCGGCAAGACAGACUUGCAGCGCCACAUACUCAUCCAUUCGGAUGAACGGCCACACAAGUGCAAGGACUGCGGGAAAAGUUAUCGCCAGGCGGUGAACCUUAAAAACCACAUCACCACCGCCCACGAGCACCGAAAGCAAUUCUCCUGCUCACAGUGUCCCAAGUCGUUUGCCCUUAAGGAGCGCCUGCGCUUGCACAUGCGACUCCACUCCGGCGAGAAGCCGUAUCCGUGCGCUCUGUGCGACAAGAAAUUCGCCAGAGGAGGUCAGCUCCAGCAGCACAUGGUGUCGCAUCACAAGACCAGCAUUCAGCAAUUCAAUUGUACGAAGUGCUCGGCUAGCUUUUCGACAAACGCCAACCUUCGGGUUCACAUGCAACGCCACGAGCAGGGCAUGGAACACCGAUGCAAAAUCUGUGAGAGCCAGUUUGCCAACGAACUUGCUCUCCGAGCACAUAUCAACCAGGAGCACCACAAACUGACGCAGGUCGAGUGCGAAAUUUGUCACAAAACUAUAGAGCCGGACGAAGAUCUGGCCACGCACAUGCAAAAGCAUGCCGCAGUGAAGACGCAUGUCUGCGAGGUGUGCAACUCGUACUUUACCCAGAAGAGUCAGUACAAUGUCCACAUGCGUAUGCAUACGGGCGAGCGGCCCUACCAGUGUCGGAUCUGUCAUCAGACCUUUGCCCACUCCAGCGUACUGAAGCUGCACAUUCGCAAGCAUACGGGCGAGAAACCCUUCCGCUGCCAGCUGUGCGAGGAUGAGGUGGCCUUCUCCCAACUGGCGCAUCUAAAGAACCACAUGAAGAAGAUACACAAGCAGCAGAAGCCGUACAUGUGCGAGGGAUGCCACGAGUUCUUCAAGGUCAAGGUGGAGCUGCAGGCGCAUUCGGAGCAGUGUGCCAAGUGUCCCGCGGGCGGAGACGAGGCUACCGAUAGCCAAUCCGUGGAUGCGGUGAUCCUCUCCACGAUGCGUUUCAAUAUCGCUGUGGUGCUGAAGAAGAUUAGCUCUGCGCAGAAGCUACGCCAGUUGGGCUACGAGAAGCGUCUCAUAGACAAUGUGAUCAUUGCAUCUUUAAAGCUGGCCCAACGGCCCACGCAUGAUGACGUCAAACUGACGCCACUUGCCAGGCUCCGUUUAAAUGUGGAAGAGUUCCUCAAGUGGAUUGUGCCGGCACCCACGAUGAAUAAAUUUAGCGAGGAGCUGCUGUCCAUCGACACCAUUCUCGACAAGAUUGCCACCAUGUAUAUGAAACAGAAGUAGAAGUCAGAAAGUUGCUAGCCAACGGAAAAUGCAAUUGUGCCAUAGAAGGAGGAUUUGUAGAACUAGUUCUUGCCAUUUAGCUUAGUUUUUAGUUCAACCCAAAAUGUCGUAGAACGAAAACCGACCAAAUAAUUUAUCCCAAAGAUAUUUACCUUGUAGUACUGAUUCAAACUUAGUUCCAAUUUCGCUGCUACCAAAAAGAAAGUUAUUUUGAAAAAUAUAUUUCUAUUUAGUUUUUAAGGAGUAUAUAGAUUUAAGCCCCUCUUUCGAUGCAAUAAUUUAUGUAAUAAUUAUCUUAAAAUCUGAUCGUACUGAUCCCUCAUAUAUUUUAUACAUAUAAGUUUUAUUUUAGUCUUGCCAGAGCAGAAGAUAACAGCUCAAGUACAAUUCAAUAUUUUGUGGCCAUGCAAAUAACGAGUAAGCUUAAUGCAUUUAGUUCGCUUCGCUAUUUGUCCUUCCCAACCUUUUAGGUUAACUUUAAAAAGUGUACAAGCAAAUAUAUAAAGAAUGCAAAUCCAAAGUGUACAACCGAAUAAAUGAAAUGCAAAUCAAAAUCAAAGCAAGUCAACUAAGUGAAUAAAUUAACAGUUGUUUUAUAAGUAUCG